GCUCGCGGGUGGGUGCCUAAAAGCCGGCCUUUUUCUCGUUUAGUGCAAAAAGUCCUAAUUCUCGCCUCGGCGACCGUGAUCCGUCGUCAUUGCUCGGGUUUUGCUUCCUGGGUUGUCCCCUAGCGGGUUGGGUGGGGGAAACCCCUCAGGAGCAAGCAAAAAUCGUGUAUAAGUUCACCCUGCUCUUCCCAUCAAGGGGGCGAUCCCGUCGGUCUGCAGCCAUAGAGUAGGGCUUUUGGGGAAGUCGAGCUUUAUCCGGUUAAAGGAGCGAUGUUUCCGUGAAAACAGCGGCAUAAAGGGGUCGCUGGGUAGUGGCGUGCUGCUCUUGGACGUCUUAUACACACCUCAGAUGUGUUUCCGACAGACGAGGACUGAAACGCAUUUCAUCCCUUCGAGUAUUUCUUUCACCCCUUCAGGUGUUCCUCUAGCUCCUCAGCAGCUCCGUGAAGCGUCUGUACCUUUCGGUGCAAAAUGACUGCUCAAGUAACACUGGAGGAUGCCUUGUCCAAUGUGGAUCUCUUGGAAGAGUUACCAUUGCCAGAUCAGCAACCAUGUAUUGAACCCCCACCAUCAUCUCUGCUUUACCAGCCAAACUUCAACACUAACUUUGAGGACAGAAAUGCAUUUGUCACUGGUAUUGCAAGAUACAUUGAGCAAGCUACAGUCCACUCUAGCAUGAAUGAAAUGUUAGAAGAGGGUCAGGAAUAUGCUGUCAUGUUAUACACAUGGAGAAGCUGCUCAAGAGCCAUUCCACAGGUCAAGUGCAAUGAACAGCCUAACAGAGUAGAAAUUUAUGAGAAAACAGUGGAAGUUCUGGAACCAGAAGUCACAAAACUGAUGAAUUUUAUGUAUUUUCAGCGAAAUGCAAUUGAACGGUUUUGCGGGGAGGUGAGACGCUUGUGCCACGCAGAAAGGAGAAAAGACUUUGUCUCUGAAGCGUACCUGAUCACACUGGGCAAAUUUAUCAACAUGUUUGCAGUUUUAGAUGAGCUUAAAAACAUGAAGUGCAGCGUGAAGAACGACCAUUCGGCCUACAAGCGAGCUGCUCAGUUCCUACGGAAAAUGGCAGAUCCUCAGUCCAUCCAAGAAUCCCAGAAUCUCUCCAUGUUCCUUGCUAACCACAACAAGAUAACGCAAUCUUUACAGCAGCAGUUGGAAGUGAUUGUUGGCUAUGAAGAACUGCUUGCAGAUAUUGUGAAUUUGUGUGUGGACUACUAUGAAAACAAAAUGUAUCUAACACCCAGCGAGAAGCAUAUGCUUUUGAAAGUUAUGGGCUUUGGAUUGUACUUGAUGGAUGGAAGUGUCAGUAACAUCUAUAAGCUGGAUGCAAAGAAAAGGAUAAAUUUAGCCAAGAUAGACAAGUUCUUUAAGCAAUUGCAGGUUGUCCCACUCUUUGGUGACAUGCAGAUUGAACUUGCAAGAUACAUUAAGACCAGUGCCCAUUAUGAGGAAAAUAAAUCCAGAUGGACAUGCACGUCUUCCAGCAGCAGUCCUCAAUACAAUAUAUGUGAGCAGAUGAUCCAAAUCAGAGAAGACCAUAUGCGUUUUAUAUCAGAACUGGCUCGUUACAGCAACAGUGAGGUGGUGACUGGUUCUGGUCGACAGGAAGCUCAAAAAACAGAUGCGGAGUAUCGGAAGCUCUUUGAUCUCUCUCUCCAAGGCUUGCAGCUUCUCUCUCAGUGGAGUGCACAUGUCAUGGAAGUGUAUUCGUGGAAGCUAGUGCACCCAACUGACAAAUAUUCUAAUAAAGAUUGUCCUGACAACGCAGAGGAGUAUGAAAGAGCAACGAGAUACAAUUAUACUAGUGAGGAAAAGUUUGCUUUGGUUGAGGUGAUUGCUAUGAUCAAAGGUCUUCAGGUGCUGAUGGGAAGGAUGGAAAGUGUUUUCAAUCAUGCCAUUCGCCAUACCAUUUAUGCAGCUCUUCAGGACUUUGCCCAGGUCACACUUAGAGAGCCAUUAAGACAAGCCAUUAAAAAGAAGAAAAAUGUCAUUCAGAGUGUUUUGCAGGCCAUCAGGAAGACCGUCUGUGACUGGGAAGCAGGUCAUGAACCUUUCAAUGACCCAGCUCUAAGGGGAGAAAAAGACCCCAAAAGUGGUUUUGAUAUUAAAGUCCCGAGGCGUGCAGUGGGACCCUCCAGUACUCAGCUUUACAUGGUGAGAACUAUGUUAGAGUCCCUCAUUGCUGACAAAAGUGGUUCCAAGAAAACCUUGAGAAGUAGCCUUGAGGGACCCACCAUAUUGGACAUAGAAAAAUUCCACCGCGAGUCUUUCUUCUACACUCAUUUGAUAAAUUUCAGUGAAACCCUGCAGCAGUGCUGUGAUUUGUCCCAGCUGUGGUUCAGGGAAUUCUUCUUAGAACUGACCAUGGGCAGAAGAAUCCAGUUUCCCAUUGAGAUGUCCAUGCCUUGGAUUCUGACGGACCAUAUUUUGGAGACAAAAGAGGCAUCAAUGAUGGAGUAUGUUCUCUAUUCUUUGGACCUUUAUAAUGACAGUGCUCAUUAUGCACUUACUAAAUUUAAGAAGCAGUUCCUCUAUGAUGAGAUUGAGGCAGAGGUAAACCUGUGUUUUGACCAAUUUGUCUACAAGCUGGCAGACCAAAUAUUUGCAUACUACAAGGCAAUGGCUGGCAGCCUGCUUUUGGAUAAACGAUUACGUUCAGAAUGCAAGAAUCAGGGAGCAAGCAUUCAGUUGCUACAAUCCAACCGCUAUGAGACACUGCUGAAACAAAGACACGUCCAACUUCUCGGUAGGUCGAUAGACCUGAACCGACUGAUCACUCAGCGAAUUUCAGCAGCUAUGUACAGGUCAAUGGAGCUGGCAAUUGGUCGAUUUGAAAGCGAGGAUUUGACUUCCAUUGUGGAGCUGGAUGGCUUGAUAGAAAUAAACAAAAUGACUCACAAGCUUCUGAGCAGAUACAUGACCUUGGAUAGCUUUGAUGCCAUGUUCAGGGAAGCCAAUCACAACGUGUCAGCCCCUUAUGGACGAAUCACUCUUCAUGUAUUUUGGGAACUGAAUUAUGAUUUCCUUCCAAACUACUGCUAUAAUGGAUCCACUAACAGAUUUGUUCGGACCGUGCUACCGUUUUCCCAGGAGUUUCAGAGGGAUAAGCAGCCCAAUGCACAGCCCCAGUAUCUGUACGGAUCAAAGGCACUGAAUCUGGCGUAUUCCAGUAUCUACAGCAACUACAGGAAUUUUGUUGGCCCCCCUCACUUUAAAGUCAUCUGUAGGCUUCUUGGGUAUCAGGGGAUUGCUGUGGUGAUGGAGGAGUUGCUGAAAGUCGUCAAGAGCUUGUUACAAGGGACAAUUCUUCAGUAUGUCAAGACCCUAAUGGAAGUGAUGCCUAAGAUCUGCAGGUUGCCAAGACAUGAGUAUGGUUCUCCAGGUAUCUUGGAGUUUUUCCACCACCAGCUGAAGGACAUCGUUGAAUAUGCAGAGCUGAAGACCGUUUGCUUUCAGAAUUUGCGGGAAGUGGGAAACGCUGUCCUGUUUUGCCUGCUCAUUGAGCAGAGUCUGUCCCUAGAGGAAGUGUGUGACCUGUUGCACGCAGCACCGUUCCAAAACAUCCUGCCCAGAGUUCACGUCAAAGAGGGUGAAAGGCUUGAUGCUAAAAUGAAGAGACUAGAAUCAAAAUAUGCUCCACUACACUUAGUCCCUCUCAUUGAAAGACUGGGAACACCACAGCAAAUAGCAAUCGCGAGGGAAGGGGACUUGCUGACCAAAGAACGCCUGUGCUGCGGCCUGUCCAUGUUUGAGGUUAUCCUGACACGGAUCCGAUCCUUCCUGGACGACCCCAUCUGGCGUGGGCCCCUGCCCAGCAACGGGGUGAUGCACGUGGAUGAGUGCGUGGAAUUCCACCGCCUGUGGAGCGCGAUGCAGUUCGUCUACUGCAUCCCCGUGGGAACGCACGAGUUCACUGUGGAGCAGUGCUUUGGAGACGGCUUGCACUGGGCUGGCUGUAUGAUCAUUGUGCUUUUGGGACAGCAGCGUCGCUUCGAUGUGUUGGAUUUCUGCUACCACCUGUUGAAAGUCCAAAAGCACGAUGGCAAAGACGAAGUUAUAAAGAAUGUGCCUUUGAAGAAAAUGGUUGAAAGAAUUCGCAAGUUCCAGAUUCUGAAUGAUGAAAUAAUUGCUAUUUUGGACAAGUAUUUGAAGUCUGGGGAUGGAGAGAGCACACCCGUGGAACACGUGCGCUGCUUCCAGCCUCCUAUUCAUCAGUCCCUUGCCAGCAAUUAGACUUCUCACCUGACAAUUUUUUUUCACCUAUUUAGGCUAAAAGUAUGAGAAAGAAAAAACACACCAACAGUUUUACUGGGUCGCCUUCUUGUGUUUUUCACUAUGCCUGUACCAUUUGAGUGGUGUGCUGUCCUCUUCAGUCUCCAAGCACAGUAACUGUAUACAAUCCAUACUUAUUUUUCUAGACUAAAAUUUUGUAUACUUUGAUUAAAAGCCUGCAACUGUAAAAGGUUUGUUUUUGAAAUCUCUUUGCAUUCCUGUACUGAGGUGGCUAUGUUAGACUGGAUUUGGCAUAACUUUCCCCCUAUGCUGUCAAAAUAAUGGCUGUGGAGGGGCAGAAAGUGGGUUCUGUAGAAAAUUUUUUUAGAAAUCAAUUCCUAACUGUAUUAGAGCAUAAUUGCUUAAUUAGCCUUUAUUAAAAAAACAACAAAAAAAAACACAGAACAAACUCUGGUGCUUCAUGAGUACUUUUUCUAGUCAGCCGAUUGUUUUUCCUCUUUAUAAAACUUUUCUGUGAUCAGCAAUAAUGGAAAUGAAGGCUAAUUGAGGUGGUGGUUAUUUAACAUGGAGGUGACUGAUAGUAUUCUGUUAUUUUUAAAUGGCAGUACUUUACUUGAUUAGAAUGGGAUCUGCCUUUUUUUUUUUUUUUUUUAAUGAGAUCUUCUAACACAGCUUGUAUUUUGGCUGGAGAUAGAUACCUGUCUAGCAAAAUACAUGUUUACAAGUGGUAAGGGGUUCUUAUUUACAAGAAUCUUGAACAGACUGAUCGGAUGUAAUCUAUCUCAGCACAUAAGUUCUAAUGAUUAUUAAUCAUGAUUUACUUGCAGAAAAUGUUUUAUUACACUUAACUGUAUUAUGCAAACACUGCAUCAGUAAAAUUGUUUGUAAAACUUU